UAACUAAAAAGCUGUGCUGUACAAUGGGAAGGCACACUACAAAAAAAGUGGAAUUUAGAAGCUACUGCUCUGCGCAAAAGAUUGAUGAUUUGAAUUCAUGGCUACUCAAAGGAAUAACCCAAACUCUUCUAAAUCCAUGGCUGAUCAAAGGAAUAAUCCAAACAACUCUAAAUCUAUGAACAAGAAUAGAGAACCAUUUGCCGACAUCUCUAAUUUCAAUCUUAUACCCACUACCACUCUCCGCAAGCUUUGCUCCUUUUCCUCUGCUUCUACUUCAAAACCCCAAAAUGUUAUUCGAAAACCCCCAAUUUCUGAUUCCAAUUCUUCAAAACACAAGGAGGCAAACUUUGAAACCAGCAUCGCUUCUUCCAAUUUCAACUCUGUUCAAAACCCUAAUCCCCUUCUGCCUGGGAAUUCGUCCACCACACCUACUGGCAGGGGUAAUGAAGCUGUGCUGUACAAUCGAAGGCACACUACAAAAAAGUCCAAUUUAGAAGCUACUGCUCUGCCCUUCACUUCCAGUCAUGAAAGCAAAAAAGACAAAAGGAAGGAUGUUGAUGCGCCUUGCCUUUCCCUUCCUCCUCCUCCAGUUAUGAAGGAUAAAGGGAAAGCAAUUGUUGACCCUUUGAGUAGCUUGUCUCCUGUAACUAAGGAAGAUAAGGGGAAAGGAGUAGCUGUUCUAUCUAGCCCAGUUUCAGGAAAUAAAGCUGUAGUUAACAAUCGAAGCCAGACUGCAAAGAGGUCUAAUUUAGAAGCUACUGCUCUGCCCUUCACUUCCAGUCAUGAAAACAAAAAGGACAAAAGGAAGGAGAUUGAUGAGCCUUUCCUUUCCCUGCCUCCCAUGAGUAUGAAGGAUAAAGGGAAUGCAAUUGCUGAGCCUUCCAGUAGCUUAUCUCCUGAGACUAUGCAAGAUAAAGGGAAUAGAGCAGUUGUUCUGUCUACCCCAGUUUCAGGAAAUAAGAAGAAGAAAGGUAUUCAUGAGCCUUUCAUGUCUUCAUCUCCUCAGAAGGUAAAAGCCAAAGCUCAGGCAAUUUCUCAUGAGCACUUCCCUUCAGAUGAAAAAGCUGCUGAAGAAACAUUUGGUAUUUCUUCUGGAAGUUGCUCAUCUUUAAAGAAAACAAGGGGGAAAGGGAUGGUAGAUGCUUCAGUUUUUAGUUGCCCCACCUUGCCAAAGAAGAGAACGAAUAGGACUGGAUUCAGUGGAGUUGGCGAUAUUAAACCAGCUGGAUCAUGGACGGAUCCUACUGGAAAGCGUAAGAAGAGGAGGUGCACAAAGCAGAAACCUGCUGUUGAAGAGUCCUUGCCACAAGAUUUUGUCAACUAUUGGCGACAGCAUUUUAAAGAGAUUGAUGAGUUUGAAUUGCCAGAAGAGGAAGCAUCAUAUAGUGAUUUGGACUAGAAAGGAGAAAAAUAGUGCUUGGCAGGAAGCAAAUCUAGUCUGACCAAUUGACGCUCUCUGUAUAGUAAUGUCCAUAUACUUUAUAAAUAUAGUGCUUGGCAGGUAGUCUGACCAAUUGACCCAAUCUGUAUAGUAAUGUCCAUAUACUUCAUAGACGUGCUGAUGUAGCUGACUAAUAUAGUUAUCAAUGACAACUCCUUAUAGUUCUUGCAACUGUUAUGUGCAUUUGUUGUCUGAAGAAGGGGUAAAAAGGUCUUUUCUACAUAACAAUUAUCACUUUCAUGACACACGAACUCACAUUUGGGAAGUCAUAAAAUUGGUUCAUUUCUUGAUCAAACUAGACGUAGUUGUAGGAGGUGUCAUAUCUUUGAUCAAGAAACGAACCAAUUUCAUGGCUUUCCAAAUGUGAGUUCGUGUGUCGUGAAAGUGAUAAUUGUUAUGUGGAAAAGACCUUUUUACCCCUUCUUCAGACAACAAAUGCAUCUUUACUCUUUUUUGUCAUGAGAAUCAUAUAACCUUUGCUCGGGAAUUCAUUUGUCACAA